AUGACCAAACGCAAGUGGGAAGGGAGAAGAGAGGGCUUCAGGGUGAACACCACCCGUGAAGACGCGCAAGGUCCGGGCCGCUCUACCAGCAGGGGGCGCUUCUCUGAGUCCUGGAAAAGGCUGAGUUCCAGACAGGGGUCUACCAAGAGGUCAGGACUGGCAGCGCAGCAAGCAGCGGCUCAGAAGUCUUGGAUCGAGCGAGCCUUCAGCAAGAGAGAAUGUGUGCACAUCAUCAUCAGCGCCAAAGACCCCCACAGGUGCUGUUGUGGCCGUCUCAUUGGCCAGCAUGUGGGCCUCCCCCCGAGCAUCUCAUCCAAUCAGAAUGACAGAUCGGAGCGCGCACUGAAGAGUGACAGCCUGUCUGAAAAAUGGUCCAUCAGCAAACACACACAGCUGAGUCCCACCGAUGCAUUUGGCACCAUCGAGUUCCAGGGAGGAGGCCAUUCUAACAAAGCCAUGUAUGUGCGCGUGUCGUAUGACACCAAAGCCGACUUGCUGUUGCACCUCAUGACUAAAGAAUGGCAGCUGGAGCUUCCCAAACUGCUCAUCUCUGUGCACGGCGGCUUGCAGAACUUCGAGUUGCAGCCCAAACUCAAGCAGGUGUUUGGAAAGGGCUUGAUCAAAGCUGCCAUGACCACGGGAGCCUGGAUCUUCACCGGCGGAGUCAACACUGGAGUUAUCAGACAUGUAGGUGAUGCUCUGAAAGAUCACGCCUCCAAAUCCCGUGGCAAAAUCUGCACCAUUGGUAUUGCCCCUUGGGGCAUAGUGGAAAACCAGGAAGACCUUGUGGGCAAAGACGUUGUCCGGCCAUACCAGACCAUGUCGAAUCCUCUGAGUAAGCUGACUGUCCUGAACAGCCUGCACACACACUUCAUCCUAGCUGACAAUGGCACCACGGGCAAGUACGGCGCCGAGGUUAAGCUUCGCCGCCAGCUGGAGAAACACAUCUCUCUGCAGAAGAUCAACACACGGAUCGGGCAGGGGGUGCCUGUGGUGGCGCUGAUCGUCGAGGGUGGCCCUAAUGUUAUCUCCAUCGUAUUGGAGUACCUGAGGGACACGCCACCUGUGCCUGUGGUGGUGUGUGAUGGCAGCGGCCGAGCGUCUGACAUCCUGGCAUUCGGCCACAAGUACUCAGAGGAGGGAGGGCUGAUUAACGAGUCUCUGCGGGACCAGCUGCUCGUCACCAUCCAGAAGACAUUCACGUACAGCCGCACGCAGGCUCAGCACCUCUUCAUCAUCCUCAUGGAGUGUAUGAAGAAGAAGGAGCUGAUCACUGUGUUUCGGAUGGGUUCAGAGGGACACCAGGACAUUGACCUGGCUAUCCUCACAGCUUUACUAAAAGGUGCCAAUGCUUCAGCUCCUGACCAGCUGAGCCUGGCAUUGGCCUGGAACCGUGUGGACAUUGCCCGUAGCCAGAUAUUCAUCUAUGGACAGCAAUGGCCUGUGGGCUCUCUUGAGCAGGCCAUGCUGGAUGCUCUGGUGCUGGACCGUGUGGACUUUGUGAAGCUGCUGAUUGAGAACGGCGUGAGCAUGCACCGGUUCCUCACACUCUCCCGGCUAGAGGAGCUCUACAACACGAGGCAUGGACCAUCCAACACACUGUAUCAUCUUGUUCGAGAUGUAAAAAAGCAAGAAUAUCCAGGGUUCAGUUGGAUCUACCUCAAGGGCAACCUGCCGCCUGACUACCGCAUCAGCCUGAUUGACAUCGGAUUAGUCAUUGAAUACCUAAUGGGCGGAGCCUAUCGAUGCAACUACACACGGAAAAGAUUCCGAACGCUCUACCACAACUUGUUCGGGCCUAAAAGGCCAAAGGCCCUGAAGCUGCUUGGAAUGGAGGAUGACAUGCCAAUCCGACGAGGGCGGCAGAAGACAACAAGGAAAAGAGAGGAGGAGGUGGAUAUUGACCUGGAUGACCCUGAAAUCAACCACUUCCCUUUCCCUUUCCAUGAGCUGAUGGUGUGGGCAGUGCUGAUGAAGAGGCAGAAGAUGGCACUGUUCUUCUGGCAGCAUGGUGAGGAGGCCAUGGCCAAGGCGUUGGUGGCGUGCAAGCUGUGCAAGGCCAUGGCUCACGAGGCCUCGGAGAAUGACAUGGUGGAUGACAUCUCUCAGGAGCUCAACCAUAACUCCAGGGAGUUUGGUCAGCUGGCAGUGGAGCUCCUGGACCAGUCUUACAAGCAGGACGAGCAGAUGGCCAUGAAGCUGCUCACCUAUGAGCUGAAGAACUGGAGCAAUGCCACCUGCUUGCAGCUGGCUGUAGCUGCCAAGCAUCGCGACUUCAUCGCCCACACCUGCAGCCAGAUGUUGCUCACUGACAUGUGGAUGGGGCGGCUUCGCAUGCGCAAAAACUCUGGCCUCAAGGUCAUCCUGGGCCUACUGCUUCCUCCAUCCAUCCUGAGUCUGGAGUUUAAGAACAAGGAUGAGAUGUCAUACAUGCCUCAGGAACAGGAGGCCUAUCUGCAGGAGAAGGAUUCGGAUGAGACCGACAAGCCAGCCAAGGACAAGGAAGAGGAGGACAUGGAGUUCACCGUAAGAGCAUACUGUGAGGCGCAGUACAACUCCGUGGCUAUGUUGGGGAACGUGAGCUCAGAAGUCUCUCGGAAAAAGGAAGUGGAGGAGGCCCAGAACCGCCAUCGCCUAAUUCCAGUGGGCCGCAAGAUCUAUGAGUUUUACAAUGCCCCCAUUGUCAAGUUCUGGUUCCAUACGAUGGCCUAUGUGGGAUACCUAAUGCUCUUCAACUACAUCGUGCUGGUAAAAAUGGACCUCUGGCCUUCUCCUCAGGAGUGGAUUGUGAUCGCCUACAUUUUCACCAAUGGAAUUGAGAAGAUGAGAGAGAUCCUGAUGUCAGAGCCUGGCAAACUGCUGCAGAAAGUUAAAGUAUGGCUGCAGGAGUACUGGAACAUCACAGACCUCAUGGCUAUCCUUAUCUUCUCCAUCGGCAUGGUGCUCCGUCUCCAGGAGCCCCCACUCAUGAGCUAUGGUCGGGUCAUCUACUGCGUCAACAUUAUUUACUGGUACAUCCGCCUGCUUGACAUUUUCGGGGUUAACAAAUACCUCGGACCCUACGUAAUGAUGAUUGGCAAGAUGAUGAUUGACAUGAUGUAUUUUGUGAUCAUCAUGUUGGUGGUGCUGAUGAGUUUCGGUGUGGCACGUCAAGCCAUACUGAACCCUAAUGAGGAUCCAUCAUGGAUGUUGGCUCGCAACAUCUUCUUCAUGCCAUACUGGAUGAUCUAUGGCGAAGUCUUUGCUGACCAAAUUGAUCAUAUGAAUAGUAGGAAGCUACAGAACAGGCUGAAUGAAAAACUCUGGCCGGUUGAAAAUUACGUUCGAACUCAAGGAACUGGGCGUAACAGUGGUCCAUCCCAUAUAGCACCAUGUGGGCAGAACAUCACCACAGAGGACGGUGUGCCCUUGCCCCCUUGUAAGACUGGCGCGUGGAUUGUGCCUGCUAUAAUGGCCUGCUACCUGCUGGUUGCCAACAUUCUUCUGGUCAAUCUUCUCAUUGCUGUCUUCAACAAUACGUUUUUUGAGGUGAAGUCCAUCUCCAACCAGGUGUGGAAAUUUCAGCGCUAUCAGCUGAUCAUGACAUUUCACGAGCGCCCUGUUCUUCCUCCUCCCCUCAUCAUCUUCAGUCACAUGACCAUGCUUCUCAAGCAUCUCUGCUGUCGCUGGAGGAAGCAUGAUGAUGAUGAACGGGACUUUGGAUUAAAGCUCUUCAUCACAGAAGAUGAGUUGAAAAAAGUCCAUGAUUUUGAAGAGCAGUGCAUCGAAGAAUACUUCCGAGAAAAGGAUGAUCGCUUCAACUCUUCCAACGAUGAGAGGAUACGAGUAACAUCGGAAAGGGUGGAAAACAUGGCAAUGAGGCUGGAGGAGGUAAACGAGCGGGAACACUUCAUGAAGGCCUCACUGCAGACAGUGGACAUUCGGCUGGCACAGAUGGAGGAACUCAUUGGCCGUAUGGCCGCCGCUCUGGAGCGAGUUACAGGUGUGGAGCGGACUGAGGUGAACAAGGCACGCUCAAGGACGUCGUCAGACUGCACUGACACUAACUAUAUCCUCCGUCAGAGCAGUUUCAACAGCCAGGAGGGAAAUACCUACCGGCUGCAGGAGUCUAUGGAACAGGGUGGUGAGGAGUCCAUUUCUCCAACCUCACCCACUGCACUGGCACCAAGGGUGAGAAGCCACUCCUUCUACUUAGGACAUUCAUCCCGAGACAGGUGUGGGACAGACCGAGUCGAGGGAUUCUUCAAGGAGCGCUCUUUGAGCUUACACCGUGCCAAUAGCUCACAGUCAGUUGCAUCAGGAGCUGCCACAAAAGAGGGCAAACCUGCCCCUCUGAAUACACUGUCUGUACAACAGCAGCACCGACCCUCAUCUUGCAUCGAUAUAUAUGUGUCCACAACGGAGGAGGCACAGUCCCAAGAGAGCUUCCUGGAACCAAUUCGAAUGCCUCAGACUCUUGCUCGAGAGCCAUCCCUCCAUUCUGAGAUCAUGGAGGCGGUGCUGUCCAGGGAACGGGACUACCACGGUAAGGCAGGCGUUAGUGAAAGACAACCAGAUGGUACUGUCUUAUUCGAGGACAGUGCUGCCGCCGACCUGUCACUGUGCACCACCCACCUCCCACCAGAUGCCCUGCCCCCGUGGGACACAGAGCCAUCCCCUCCACCCUCAGCAGGCAUCCUUGAGCGCUCCAAGAGCAGUCGAUUUUUAUCAGCAGCUGGGCCCUUGUUCUUGGAUGAGACACCAAUGGUGAAGUCCCACAGCCUGAUGUUCAUGCCACGCACCUACUAUGGUGGCAUGGGCAUGCAAGUAAAGGCAGCUGAGUACACCAGCAUCACAGACUGCAUUGACACACGCUGUGUCUCGACGUCAUACUCAGUGCCUGAGCGCUCAGAUUCACCUGGGGGAUCAUUCACCUUUGAGAAGCCCCAGGAAUUGUGUGCCUCACACCCAGAGCGUGAUGCUGAGCUGAGACACACUGAGUCUGACCCUGAGGAGCCCACAGAGGGCUCAGGUGAGACCAGCAAGCCCUGUUCCAGUGGAGGUAUGGGGGUUGAUUUGGCCCUGGGCUUAGCCCUGGGCCCCUUCUCUUCUCCAGCCUCCAGACUGGAACGAGCCAAUAGCUGCUCCUCUUCAGAGGACUCCCAUUUUAACGUCUAUGCCCGAAAGAGCUUCUCCAUCAGUGAACGCAUGGACAAGGGACGUGCCAGGAAUCCAUUCCAAAGGAGCAAGUCCGGUGUGAGGCCUGACAGCAAGACAGACACACUGUCCUUGAGGCAACUGGCCAAGCCGUCAGCCUUCCAAAGCUUUGAUGGCAAGCACAACUACACAUGA